UUUAUAAUUAUUAAUUUGGAUUUGUGUGUUUAGUAAGAAAAAGCGGUAAUUUUACAUGACAAUGUUUAGCAAAACCAAAAACUACCAGCUGCUCCCUCAGAAGGACUGGACCUCAGACAUAGACAGGUUCAGCUCCAACAGAGGACAUUCAUUUGAUUACAUCCCCAAUGUUUCUGAGAAUGACUUCACUGAUAACUCCCAAGGAUGGCUCUCGCGAAUUUGCAACCUGGUUGUCAUAUUCCUUGUCUACAUCUUCACUCUUGUUACCUUUCCUGUAACAGGAUGGUUUGUGUUGAAAACAGUUCCAAACUACCAAAGGAUAGUUGUUUUUCGACUGGGUCGGGUCUGUCCUCCAAAGGGACCCGGGGUCAUACUUGUUCUACCCCUGAUUGAUCAAUGGCAGAAAGUAGACUUACGCACCCGUGCUUUCAACAUCCCACCUUGCCAGGUGGCUACACGGGAUGGCGGCUUGUUGUCAGUGGGAGCAGAUAUCCAGUUCAGGAUCUGGAAUCCAGUCAUGUCAGUAAUAUUUGUCCAGGACCUCAACACCUCAACACGAAUGACUGCACAGAAUGCUAUGACUCAUAGUUUAACCAAGAAGACUGUCAGAGAGAUCCAAACAGAGAGAGUUAAACUGGGAGAAUAUCUUGUGAUGGAUAUUAAUGACAUGACGCGGCCUUGGGGGCUAGAGGUAGACAGGGUAGAGCUUACCAUCGGCUCAAUUCUAAAAACCUCAGAGGCAGAUGUCUCUGGCCCUGUCAUUAUGCCUCCCUCUGUGCCUGGAUUGGACGGCCUCACUGGCCCCAUUCAUCACCUGGCCAGUUACUUUCUGAAUAAUGGCAAACUUUUGCAGUCUCAGCAAGAUGACAGCAUAACUUUUAUAGAUGAGGUCAGCAGUGCUCCUCAGGCUGUUGUGAACACCCCAGGCUCUGUUGAGGAGCUCCUAAAAGCUAUCAAGGUGCAGCUCUCUGAAACCUUGGUCAGCCAGGUCAGGGCCUGCUUCCAGUUUCACAUCAGCUUGGAAGACGGACAGUGUCAGAGUUACUAUGUGGAUCUGAGCCAAGGUAGUGGUACAGCUGGAUCAGGGUCUUUGAGUCGAGAGCCAGAUGUGACCCUGAGUAUGACUGAUGGUGACCUGGUGGCCAUGUUCCAGGGCAGGCUCCAACCAUUUGCUGCUUAUACCAGUGGACAACUUCAAAUCCAAGGAGACGUUAAGACCGCCAUGAAGCUGGAGGAGCUCUUGAAGCUCUUUAGGAAAUAGUGGUAAUAUUUGUGUACAUAGCAUAUGUAUUUAUGUAUGUGUAAAGUGGCUGAAUAUGGCUUUAUCUUUCCAAAUUAAACACUUGUGUACAAAGACAAA